UCCUACGUAAGAGCUUCCAGACCAAUCAGACAGGGAGCCAAAUCAGUCAACCUCUGUUAGUAGCUGAGAGUAACUGAACGGCUUCCUACUCGUUUUCUGUUGUAAAUUACAGGUGUCAUGAGAAUAUUGAUAGGAGGAGGGUCGGGUUUUGUAGGCAGAGAGCUGUCUCGUUUGCUCCGCGACAAAGGCCAUGAAGUCACUGUGAUAUCGCGAAAAGCUGGUCCAGGAACGAUUACAUGGAAUGAUCUGGAAGCUGAUGGCCUCCCACCAUGUGAGGGUGCUGUGAACCUGGCUGGGGAGAAUCUCAUGAACCCUCUGCGAUGGUGGAAUGAAAGUUAUAAAAAGGAUUUGUUUGCCAGUCGUAUUGACACCACAAAGGCUCUGGCUCAGGCCAUCGCUGCUUCUCCCACUCCUCCCCAUUCAUGGGUCCUCGUCACAGGUGUAGCUUGUUAUAAACCCAGUCAGACAGCCCAGUACACAGAGGACAGUGACUGGACACCGUUUGACCUCCUGUCUCGACUGGUGAAGGAAUGGGAGGCGGCGGGGCGGCUACCUGAAGACACAGCCCAGAAGACCAAGCAGGUGGUCAUCAGGCCAGGAGCUGUACUAGGUCGUGACGGUGGCGCCAUGAAGCAGAUGCUGACUCCUUUCUGGUUGGGUCUCGGAGGCACCUUAGGCUCUGGCCGUCAACCCUUCCCCUGGAUCCAUGUCUCUGAUCUAGCCGGUAUCAUCACCCACGCCCUGGAGCCCUCCUCUGACACUCCAUCCCCUGUUCCACAAGUGUUCAAUGGUGUCGCCCCUGCAGAUAACACCAACUACGAGUUCACUAAAGAACUUGGUCGUGUUCUCAAUCGACCCACCAUCUUUCCUGUUCCCGGCUUCGUCAUGAAUGCCCUCAUGGGCCACGAGAGAGCUAUUGUUCUCACUCAAGGCCAGAAAGUGGCCCCCGAGCGGACUUUAGAGUCUGGUUUCCAGUAUCAGUAUCCUGACCUGAGUUCAGCCCUGAAGCAGAUCGUUGGGAGCUAACAGGAGAGGAGACUUGUGAAACAAUGUUACAUUCAAUCUCAGCUGUAUCAUCAUCCCCCCCUCCCUGAGUGUAUGUUUAAGAAUGUCACCAUGUUGUCCUUUAAAUCAACUGCUACAUUUAAACUUUUACUAAUUACUGAGUUGGAUGUUUGGGUAAAGGAAAUGUAACUUAUAUUUACAAGCAAUUGAUUUUCUGCUCCAUGUGAACAUUAUUACUCUUAACCAAGAGAUCAGUUGACACUGGCUCAGAAUAUGGAAGGUAAACUUCACCAAAGUACAGCUGUUAACUUGUUUGCAACUGUAUCAUGACCAGCUGAUGCUCUGUUCAAGAACGAGUGACAAAUCUGUGAGUCAUCUAUUGAAUAAAAACAAAAUAAGGAAAA